UCCAGAAAUCAAGAGCAGAGAUGGGAAACAAAUCCUCAAUCCCCGAUGGUCGUCCUCUGAGGAUUGUGAUGAUUGGGAAAACUGGUGUUGGGAAGAGUGCCAGUGGUAACACCAUCUUGGGAAGAAAUCAAGAAAUUUUUAAGUCCCUUGAGAGUGCAGAGUCGGUGACGGAGACCUGCAAGAUAGAAAGAGUUGAAUGUUCCAGAAAGAUCGAUGUGGUCGACACGCCUGGAAUUCUGGAUACGUCUAAAAGUGCAGAACACAUAAAGAAAGAGAUCGCAAAAUGCAUCUACAUGUCCUCUCCAGGCCCUCACGUCUUUCUGCUGGUCGUUCAGAUCGGCAGGUUCACCACAGAAGAACAAAACUGUGUGCAGGCCCUGGAGAAGAUGUUUGGACCGAAGGCAUCGAACUACAUGAUCGUCUUGUUCACUCAUGGUGACAAGCUGAGUCAGCAGGGCACAACCAUACAUGACUAUCUGCUAACCGGCCAUGUGAAACUCAGAGAGCUGCUGGACAGGUGCGGCAACAGGUUUCAUGUCUUCAACAACAAGAACAAGAACAGAACUCAAGUGGUGGAGCUGAUCCAGAAGAUUGAUGAGAUGGUGGCAGUAAAUGGAGGAUCGUUAUACAGCAAUGGAAGGUUUGAAGAGGCCAAGAGGAUUCUGCAACAGAGUGAAGACAGAAAUACAGCAGAGCUACUGCAUCACAACUUACCCUUCAUGACUAAGCUACUGGCAAGAGUAAUCGUGUUUGUAUCCAUAUUGGUUGCUGUGUCAUUGGAUGACGAGGACAAGAACUCAUGAUCCUUCAUUUCACUCUAUGAUGUGGCCUCAGUCUGAUGUAAACAAUCCUAAUCUCUUUAGUACAGUCACAGUGGGUUUGGACACAAACAUCAUUAUCACUUGUCAAUCAAUAAGAUAUGUAUUAUGAUCAUUAUUCAAUCAUUUAUGUUGUAUAACGUUUACACACAUAAUAAGUUUGAUAUUUUGCAAGAUAAAGAGUUAAAGCGUUAAAGAUUCUAUUGUUGUAAUUGUUUUUUUUUUGUUUUGUUUUUUUUUCUUUACUUUUGGUGUCAAUGCUUAAUAGCAUAUUAAAUUAUCACGGAAUGAAGAACAGGGUGUGUGUGGAUGCCACCCUGAAUCUUCAAAAACUUUCAAACUUAUUUUUAAACACAGACACAACCAAAAUUGUCAGAAAUUGUUGUUUUUUGGAGUCCGUAUGUGUCGGAAAUGUUCUUUUUUCUCCUUUAAUAAAGUUGAGGCAUGUUUGGUGACUUAA